UGUAAAGCUCUGGUGUUUGCAAGCUUCUUGUUCCACCCUCACACGCAUUCACGCGCUCCAGCCUCUGCGCUGACAACACCCCAGGGUCGUUGUGAGUGGGACAGUGCUGGUCCAACUAUCUGUCCUGGAUCUUUCAAGAAUACCAAGCCUCCUUUAGCCUCUGCUCCUCAUCCAGCCAGGACCAGAACAUGACAGAUUCCAGCACCAACAUGCGGCUGAAGCUGCCGAUCACCUGCUUCAUCCUGGAGAUCAUCCUCAUCAUCCUUUUUGGCGUGCUGGUGGAGUACGAUGAGGACACGGAUGCAAAGAAGUUUAACAAGCACUUCAACACAUCUAUGGAACAUUCUGAUGCUGAAAAUGAUUUCUACUAUCGCUAUCCAAGUUUCCAGGAUGUGCACGUGAUGAUCUUCAUUGGCUUCGGUUUUCUCAUGACCUUCCUUCAGCGUUAUGGCUUCAGCAGCGUGGGCUUCAACUUCCUGAUCGCAGCCUUUUCCUUGCAGUGGGCCACACUCAUGCAGGGCUUCUUCCAUGGCAUGCACGGAGGCAAGAUCCACAUUGGAGUAGAGAGUAUGAUCAAUGCUGAUUUCUGCACUGGCUCGGUUCUGAUCUCAUUUGGAGCAGUUCUGGGUAAAACCAGCCCAGUCCAGCUGAUGAUCAUGGCAAUGUUUGAGGUCACGCUGUUUUCUGUCAAUGAGUUCAUCUUGCUGAGCAUUCUAGGGACCAGAGAUGCUGGAGGCUCCAUGACCAUCCACACAUUUGGAGCUUACUUCGGUCUGAUGGUGACUCGAAUCUUGUACCGCCCCAACCUGCACAAGAGCAAACACAGGAACGGCUCUGUUUACCACUCUGACUUGUUCGCUAUGAUAGGCACCAUCUACCUGUGGAUGUUCUGGCCCAGCUUCAACUCUGCCGUCACGGAGCAUGGAGACGCCCAGCACCGCACAGCCAUGAACACCUACUACUCCCUGGCUGCCUGCACGCUGUCAUCCUAUGCCAUGUCUUCUCUCACAGCUCAUGAUGGCAAGCUGGACAUGGUCCACAUUCAAAACGCUGCCCUGGCCGGUGGAGUCGCUGUUGGAACCGCUGGUGAAAUGAUGCUGACGCCUUUCGGCUCCAUGAUUGUCGGUUUUUUGGCCGGCAUCAUCUCUGUUCUGGGUUUCAAAUACCUUUCACCCAUCCUGGAGGAGAAGCUGAAGAUCCAGGACACCUGUGGGGUUCACAACCUGCACGGCAUGCCCGGCAUCCUGGGGGCCAUCGUGGGAGCAGUUACAGCUUCUCUGGCAACCAAAGAAGUUUAUGGGAAUGGUUUGGGAAGGGUUUUUCCUGAUGUGGCAGAUGGAAGAGAAGCAUCUUAUCAGGGUGGCAUACAAGCUGUCUCCCUCGCCGUCACCCUGGGCAUUGCCCUGAUUGGUGGACUUAUUGUGGGUUUCAUUUUGAAGCUGCCCGUCUUCGGAGCUCCCCAUGAUACCACCUGCUACGAAGAUAGCCUCUACUGGGAGGUGCCAGGUGAGGAGGCAGGUCACGAGGAGCAGCUGACUGCUGUGAAGUCAGAGGAAUCCGACAAGUUGAACAGUUAAACGUACAAAAAAAAACAAAAUAUAAAAGCAGAACCAGCACUUGAAAUCCUGCAGGCUCAAAAAGUUCCACGUUUUCCUCGCACCAGCUGCCAAACUGUGUAUUUUUAUAUUUACAUUUUUUACACUUCUGUUCUUCUGACUAAAUAAAACGGUAGAGAGGGAGAGGAAAAAACAGCUUUUACAGGUUUUGCCACCGAAAACCCACUAGAGGUCAGUCUGGAGCUGGAUGUGUUACAGGCCUGUGAUUAAAAAGUAAGAUUUUACUUACUGAAACGGGGUUUAUUUAGAUUUUAUGCAGUCGGUUCAAACCAAAGACACACAUUUAAAGCCAGAAGAAAAGAACAUUUAAUGAGUUCAUUCUUAAAGUCAUCCUGUUGGGGUUUUCUGAUUUAACCAGAUAAAUGUUGAUUGGUUUUAAAUGUGUAUUUUCUCUUGUUAAAAAGUGUUUGGGAUUUUAGACCAUUUUAUCUUCUAUUUACAAGUUUGAAUAUAUUCACCACAUUUAGCUUAGUUAUUCAGUUUUUUUAGUAAGAUAAAUUUUUAAAUGGCCCAAAUAAGAUAGAUAAUAAAGGAUGGUUUUGUCAUAAAAUGUAUAACUUCAAACAAUAAAGGAACCCUACAGUGAAAGCUCA